GACAGAACUGCACCCAUGGCCCGCACUCCUCGCCACCGGCGCCUGGUCCUGCCGUUGCUGUGCCUGCUCUUCCAGGGCGCCACCGCCCUCCUCUUUGCGGUCUUUGUCCGCUAUAACCACGAAACCGACGCUGCCCUGUGGCACUGGGGCAACCACAGUAAUGUGGACAACGAGUUUUACUUUCGCUACCCAAGCUUCCAGGAUGUGCAUGCCAUGGUCUUCGUAGGCUUUGGCUUUCUCAUGGUCUUCCUGCAGCGCUAUGGCUUCAGCAGCGUGGGUUUUACCUUCCUCGUGGCCACCUUCACCCUGCAAUGGGCCACGCUGGUCCAAGGCUUCCUUCACUACUUCCACGGCGGCCACAUCCACGUUAGUGUGGAGAGUUUGAUCAAUGCUGACUUCUGUGCGGGAGCUGUGCUCAUCUCUUUCGGGGCUGUUCUGGGCAAGACAGGGCCAGCGCAGCUGCUGCUGAUGGCCCUACUGGAGACGGUGCUGUUUAGUGUCAACGAGUUCAUAUUGCUCAGCCUCCUGGGGGUGAAAGAUGCUGGGGGGUCCAUGACCAUUCACACAUUUGGGGCCUACUUCGGGCUGUUCCUCUCACGGGUCCUCUACAGAUCCCAGCUGGAGAAGAGCAGGCACCGCCAGAGCUCUGUCUACCAUUCUGACCUCUUUGCCAUGAUUGGGACCAUCUUCCUGUGGAUUUUCUGGCCCAGCUUCAACUCUGCGCCCACAGCGCUUGGAGAUGGGCAGCAUCGGACAGCACUGAACACGUACUACUCGCUCACUGCAAGCACCCUCAGCACAUUUGCCUUGUCAGCCCUUGUCAGUGGGGACGGCCGACUGGACAUGGUCCACAUCCAAAACGCAGCACUGGCUGGAGGGGUCGUGGUGGGGACGUCAAGCGAAAUGAUGCUGACACCCUUUGGGGCUGUGGCAGCUGGCUUCCUGGCUGGGACUGUCUCCACCUUGGGGUACAAGUUCUUUACGCCUGUCCUUGAGUUCAGAUUCAAAAUACAAGACACGUGUGGUGUCCACAACCUCCAUGGGAUGCCAGGGCUGCUGGGGGCCCUCCUGGGAGUCCUGGUGACUUGGCUGGCCACCCACGAGGCUUAUGGAGAUGGCCUGCAGAAUGUAUUUCCGCUCAUAGCCGCCGGCCAGCGCAGCCCCACAUCUCAGGCGGUUUAUCAGCUCUUUGGGAUGUUUGUCACACUGGUGUCUGCCGCUGUGGGGGGCAGCCUUGCAGGACUCCUGCUGAGGCUGCCCUUCCUGGAUUCCCCUCCAGACUCCCAAUGCUUCGAAGACCAGGUUUACUGGGAGGUGCCCGGAGAGCAGGAGGCUGAGGUCCAGAGACCUCUGCAGUCUGAGGAGACCCAGGCCUAAUUGCUGCCAGCAUGACACUGUCUUCAGAGAGGAUGGGUUCUGCAGGCAUGACACCACUGUCGUCUUCAGAGAGGAUGGCUUCUGCCGGCAUGACACUGUCUGUCUUCAGAGAGGAUGGCUUCUGCCGGCAUGACACUGUCCUUGGAGAAGACAAUAGCUCUGCCAAGAGGCCCUUCUCAGCCCUUUACAGGGAGGUCUAGAGCCAGAAGGGGCUUACCACCUCUAGGUGGAUCCCCAUUAGCUUGCUCCUGUAGUCAUAAUAGGCCCAAGUCAGCCCUAGAUGACCGCUACCCCACUGGCCAAUGUUACCCUGUCCCAGUGACACCUGAACCAGGCCUACUCUGGGUGGGAGACUGGAUGAUAAACAACACCAUCACCAAGGACCCUGAUACCUUCCAUUUGUCUCUUCCCUUUGAUUCCCGAGGCCAAGUUCUUGAGGCAAUCAAAGAUCUUAGUGUUGACAAAGUCUCCUCAGGUCCACAUGCUCCUAAAUAUAUGUCUCGGAUAGUUCCACCCUCUUCA